GUGAGUGCCGCCUGCGCCGCCCCAGUUCUUGACGUUUUUUUUAUUAUUACCUACAUGCCCCUCCAACUUUGCACAUCUGCAAGCACUCUGCCUGGACUCAUCUCAGGGGCUUCCGCCCUGCAUAUGGGAAUGAACCCCGUCCGCACAGAUUAUCAGCCUCUCCCAACCGAGCCAAGGGAAGCAACUCCACAUGCCGACCGGACGAGAAACUCCUAUGUAGCCCCCCGCGGGGGCCCGGACGAACCCCCCCAUUUGCACGCGCUGCUAUUGAUCACAGAGACGGCCUAAUUACCUGAUAUUGAGCGGUUCGCGUGUCCU